AUGCCAACCCUCGCCGUUGAUAAUUUCAACAUCAUCUGUGCGACGCUCGGAGGCUUUAUUUCUCUGUUCGGCCUAGUUUCUUAUCUUCUCAAGGAGAAAUUCUACCUUUCCGAAGCUUGUAAGAUAGCCGAAUGGAAUCCGAAGUCGUUCACACUAACGGCAUAUUUAGUGGUAUCGCUCGUAGCCGGGGUGAUAUUCUCUCCGCAUGCGACCAAUCUAGUAAGGCCCGAGCAAUAUGCUCUGGGUGACGAAGAGAUACUAGACACCAUCACCUUGUACUUUUCCAGACUCGUUCUUGGGGUCCAACUAGUGCUUGCCGGCGUUCAGUUGCCAGCCAAGUACCUCAAGAAAGAAUGGAAGAGCUUGGCCCUAUUGCUUGGCCCUGGUAUGACGGUUAUGUGGCUCGUCACUAGCCUACUGGUCUUCGCAUUCGUGCCACACAUUAGCUUUCUUCACGCCCUAGCGGUCGGAGCAUGCGUCACUCCCACGGACCCCGUGUUGUCGAACUCUAUCGUCAAAGGCAAGUUCGCAGACAAGAAUAUUCCGAAAGAAUUACAGAAAAUCAUCGUGGCCGAAUCUGGAGCCAAUGAUGGACUGGGUUAUCCUUUCCUCUUCCUGCCGCUUUAUCUGAUCCAACACAUCGGUUAUGGGGGCCUCGGCCAGGACAAGAGCACUGCAUAUGCUAUAGGAGCAUGGUUCGGUGAAACGUGGGGGUACACCAUUCUUCUCAGUCUCGUCUAUGGCGCUGCAGUCGGGUGGAUCGCGAAAGAGCUUCUUCAUUGGGCCGAGGAGCGCAAAUACGUGGACAAGGAGUCCUUUCUCGUAUUUGCCAUCGCUAUGGCGCUCUUUAUCGUGGGCACGGUCGGCAUGAUAGGAUCCGAUGAUGUACUAGCUUGUUUCAUUGCCGGAAACACAUUCACUUGGGAUGAUUGGUUCAGGUUAGAGACUAUGGAUGACACCUUUCAACCUACGAUCGAUAUGCUUCUGAACGUAUCCGUGUUCAUCUGGUUCGGUGCCGUAUGUCCAUGGCCCGAAUUCGCCCAUAACAACGUCAUACCCAUUUACCGCCUGAUCUUCCUUGGUAUCCUUGUCCUUCUCCUCCGCCGACCUCCGAUCAUCUUUUCCAUGCAUAUGCAUAUACACCAGAUCAAGGAAAAGCGGCAAGCACUGUACGUUGGGUUCUUUGGGCCGAUCGGUGUCAGUGCAAUCUUCUAUCUCUACAUCACCUUGGAAUUCUGCAACAAAAUAACCGUCGAUGGAGAGGUUAGGCCCGAUGCACAGUAUCUGAAAGAGGUGGUGUAUGUGGUAGUUUGGUUUCUAGUCAUUUGCAGUAUCAUUGUCCACGGCGUGAGCAUCCCAUUGGCAAAGUUCGGGUUUUGGAUCCCAAGGACGCUGUCCGAAGCGAUAUCAUCUCGACGGGAGGACGAUGAACCCGAACCGUUUCAUGUCAGGGAGCAUGCAGAAGAGGUAGAGCAUGAAUUGGAGAGCGGUAUUCGUCGGCGCCCAGCCACUGGCCAAUCAAGCGGGUCGAAUAUACUCCCCCGUCAAGUUUAUCGCAUCGGACAUAGCAUUAUUCCUAGCCGAAACUCGCCAAAUCACUCGCGGGCACCCUCGCAGGUGCCCGUUUCCUUGUCGAAUCAACCACAGACGGCAGGGAAUCAACGGAACCCUGAGCAGUCAGAGACGGAUACCGCUGGGAGCUCGCAGGAUAAGAUCGAAGGGGUCAAUGGCGCGGCUUCUCAGCCGCCCCCAAACAUUCAAAGGUCGAUUCGUUUCCCGGACGAAGAGCCUGCAUCACCAAAGCCUAAAGAGUAG